ACACCGGAUCCUUGUGAGAGGUAGUUGAUGCGGUAACGUUCCAGCCGAAUAUACUAUUUUUCCCGAAUCGCUCGGGGAAAAUAAACUCUGCGGGAUCUGUGGUAGAGUCCUAGAGAGCGGCAAGAACAAGUACGCCCCGCCCCGGAAGUGAGUUGCUUCUGACGCGGUGCAUUGUGGGGGGCGUAGUCCUCAUUUCCAGGCGGCCCUUCGCGGCGUCCCUGGGGCCGACUCCGGAGCGCAGGCAGACCGCCACGGGUGGGUAGCGCGGCGCGGGCGGGCGGCGAGCGUAUUCUGGGCACGGGGCUACCGUUCUGGGCGGCCGCGCCUGGUGGCAAUAGUAGGAGGCCGCCAAAGGCCUCUGGUGGCGCUGCCCGUCGAGGAGCUGGCUGCGGUGGCCGGACCGGGCCGUCGAAGAGCGCAGGAGGCCGGUGGGCCGGGUCGGGCCGCGCGGCGCAGCCAUGCCUGGCUUUACGUGUUGCGUACCCGGGUGCUACAACAACUCACACCGGGACAAGGCGCUGCACUUCUACACGUUUCCUAAGGACGCAGAGCUCCGGCGCCUCUGGCUCAAGAACGUGUCCCGUGCUGGCGUGAGCGGCUGCUUCUCCACCUUCCAGCCCACCACAGGCCACCGUCUCUGCAGCGUUCACUUUCAGGGCGGUCGUAAGACGUACACGGUGCGAGUUCCCACCAUCUUCCCGCUGCGCGGCGUCAAUGAGCGCAAAGUAGCGCGCAGACCCGCGGGGGCAGCCGCCGCCCGCCGCAGGCAGCAGCAGCAACAACAGCAGCAGCAGCAACAGCAGCAGCAGCAGCAGCCGCAGCCGCAGCCGGCCUCUACUGUCCAGAACACGCAGCUUCAGCCGAACCUGGUGUCUGCUUCCGCGGCCGUGCUUCUCACCCUUCAGGCCGCUGUAGACGGCAGCCAGGCUCCGGGAUCCGCGCCGCCUGCGUCCACCACUCCCGCGGGAGAUGAUGUGAAACCUAUCGACCUUACAGUGCAAGUAGAGUUCGCCGCCGCAGAGGGCGCAGCCGCCGCAGCUGCCGCGUCGGAGCUAGAGGCUGCGACAGCGGGGCUGGAGGCCUCUGAGUGCCCUAUGGGCCCUCAGUUGGUGGUGGUAGGGGAAGAGGGCUUCCCCGAUACCGGCUCCGACCAUUCAUACUCGUUGUCGUCUGGCACCACGGAGGAGGAGCUCCUGCGCAAGCUGAACGAGCAGCGGGACAUCCUUGCUCUGAUGGAAGUGAAGAUGAAAGAGAUGAAAGGUAGCAUCCGCCACCUGCGUCUCACGGAGGCCAAGCUGCGUGAAGAACUUCGUGAGAAGGAUCGCCUGCUUGCCAUGGCUGUCAUCCGUAAGAAGCAUGGAAUGUGAAUGGGGUCCCUUCUGUAUCCUGCAGAACCUGUGGCCCAUUCCAACCCAAGGAAUCCUCAGGCGGAUGUUGAACUCCCCUAUAUUCAUUCUGGUUGACAGUACUGAGGCUUAGGGCAGUUGGACUCUUGCUGGUGAACUGGCACCCUCAUUGGUUUGCUUCUGAAGCAGGAGUUAUGGGCCUCAGGCUGCCCUGGCGACACCAGCAAUUAUGACUGUUUACCCUCCCUCCCCAGUUUAUGUUGCAGAUUUUGGUUACGAAGAGGCUUCAGAACUACUGAAGUUGAACUUGUCCUGGAGGGAUGCAGGUGGGAUGCCUAGAGACUGUGGAUUUGAGAAAACCACACCUUAAUGUUGGCCAGCAAUCAGAGACAGCUAUGCUCUGUGUAGUGAUAAGAGAUCCAAGUAACAUCAAGUUCUCCUUUUUUAGCUAACCCUUUUCAGGUUUAGCCUAUAAUUCUGAUGGGGACUAGUUGAUCUGUGCCUCUGCCUCGUAGAACUUCCCUAUCGAGGAGGCCAUUUAUGAGGUGGGGUCUUGGGUGACCUGCUGAUGGAAAUCCAGUUUGCCAGGGACUUAGGUUUAUCUCGUUAUGUUUGCUACUGGUUACAAAUUCUAUUUUCUGUACAAUUAGUCAGACUAAAGUUUUCACUGUGUUCGUUUGGCAAAACAAAUUAAACAAAAGUAAGGUUUUUA